CUCAUGCCGCUCGGUGUGACCCAGUGCAGUUAUUUUUCGUUCGGCGCCGUGAUGUUCAACGUUCAUAAAUGUUCCUGUCGCCCCUGCUCUUCGUCUUUACCGCAGCUUUAAUGGCUUUUCUGGGACAGCGACACAUUUUGACUUUACACGGACGUCAGACGUUUGGGUUGUUUUACAGCGACAGCUAACAAACCUCAGGUUUUAAUUUAGGAAGACGUCGAGGCAUUACCCAGGAAGACACUAGCGAAAGCACUCCACGCCAAAGCAAUACCCAAAUGGCUGGUCACAGUAAAUUCUGGUUGUUUUUAUUCAGCACUGUGCCACCUUUUAACUUCAGAUGACUGUGGAGAAAACCUGCAUCUACAAUGGGACCACAUACAAAGUGGGAGAGACAUGGGUAGACCCGGAUGACCGCUGCAUGUCCUUCGUCUGCACUGCUUAUGGCAUUCAGAGUGAACCAAGAGUCUGUCCUUCAGAUAUUUGUCCUGAGGGUAACACGACUUGGGACGACCAAGACUGCUGCUCCACCUGUGGGUCAAGUAAAAUGAACAAGAAAAAAAAUCUAAAACUGACCCAUUAGAUAAAGAUUCAUUUUGUUUUUUCACUUUAAAGCUUAAACGUUUCUAAGGCAACCAGACCUGCGAGCCCAAACUGUCCAAAAUGAACGUCACCAUUGAUGACUGCUCCGCCGUCAUGGAAUUACCCGUGUAUGAGGGCCGAUGUCUGUCGGAACCCUGGUUGAGGAGAAACCAAACUUUGGACUGCUCGAAAACAUCCGGCGCGCCAACAUUUCCCUCCAUUUUCUUCCCUCUCCAACAAGGUGUCGGCAGACACGUACCUGCAGGUCAAACAGGACUUCCGGUGCUGCCGGGAGGAGAGCUCAGACCUCCGAGUUCUGGAUGUGAGAUGCUCGGACUCGGAGCUCACUAGCAGAAAAUAUAACUACAAGCACGUGGACCGGCUGCGCGUGCGAAGCUUGUGGUUCCCACUGAAGAGCGACGGCAAUCCACGUCGUCACACAUUUCUAAUAUGAUUCUCUUGUGCUCGAAUUUAACGGAGGAUUUUAGGACGUGUUUACUGAAAUUAAUGUAUUUACCGUCAAUUAAAAAAAAAAAGAAAAAAAAGAAUCUAUUAAUCAUUAAAGCGUGUGCGAUUUAUUUAGCAUGUCUGCCUGCACUGUAAAGCAAAAGCGCUCUGUUUAAUAAAAGAUUUCAA